UGAUUGUUCUCUCUAGGGUUUUUUUUGCUCUCUCCGGAGGAGGACUUCGCAAGAAGAUUCUGUAGCCAUGUACGGAUCAAGGGGGCAAAAUAGGAGUAUGACUUCUAGGUUUUUAGGAACAUCAUGGGUUGGGUUUGGUUUUAUUAACAAGGUUGAGUGGGGGUUUCUCCUUUUUGUUGGGUAUGAAUAAUUGAAGGGCAAUGUUGGGGAGCGGGGGGGUUUCGGACGGGUACGAGAUCGGCUCAAAGAGACCAAGAAUGAUGGAAUCGAAUCCCUACUUCGCAGUUGGCAGCGGUUCAAGCGGUUAUGGCUUUGGCGGUGGAUAUCAGUCCUCUGUGUUUCCUGUGGUUCGUCUGAGGGGUCUUCCAUUCGACUGCACAGAUAUUGACAUUUUCAAGUUCUUUGCUGGGCUGGACAUUGUGGAUGUUUUCCUGGUAAGCAAAGGUGGACGGUUUUCUGGGGAGGCUUUUGUUGUCUUUGCUUCUCCUGUGCAGGCUGAAUUUGCUCUUCAGAGAGAUAGGCAGAACAUGGGAAGGAGAUAUGUGGAAGUUUUCAGGUGCAAAAAGCAGGAUUAUUAUCAUGCUAUAGCUGCUGAGAUGCAUUAUGAUGGUGGUUAUGAUGACUAUCAUGGAACGCCGCCUCCUCGUCCAAAGAGAUCUCUUGACAAGGAUAAGUUGGAGUAUACUGAGGUGCUGAAGUUGCGAGGCCUCCCUUACUCUGUGAAGAAGUCAGAUAUUGUGAAGUUUUUUGGAGACUUUAAUCUGACAGAUGACAAAGUGCAUAUUGGGUAUCGUCAUGAUGGAAAAGCUACUGGAGAAGCAUAUGUUGAGUUUAGUUCUGCUGAGGAGGCCAAGAAAGCCAUGUGUAGGGACAACAAAUUGAUUGGUACACGGUACAUAGAGCUGUUCCCUUCAACGCCAGAUGAAGCUAGACGAGCAGAGUCAAGAUCAAGACAGUGAAGAUAAAUGAUGUUUAGAAAUAGCUGAUAUGUUAGUUUUGUCAUCUCUUCCAAUGGGUCAUUUGGGUUUCUUUACCAUGACAACUGUAUCUUGUCUUGGGUUUUGUGAUGUACUCUGUGACAAUUAUUGGGUCUGGUUUGUGAUAUGAAAAGCCAGAACAGUGAAACACCUUUGAUAUGAAAAGCAAGAACAGUAUUUCUGUGUUGAUUACA